AUGGCACCCGACGGUCUAGCAAUCAUCAUCGGCGCUGGCCCGACUUCCGGGGCGGGGAUUGCCCGGGUGCUUGCCGAUCCGGCACAUGGCAACCUCGCCGUAGCACUGCUGGCCCGCAACCCGGACAAUCUUAAGGCUCUCGCGGCGGACCUGAGGAAGUCGUCCAAUGGCGGUAUCUUGCAGCCCUUCGCCACAGAUACACAGCCGGACAACCUCAGACAAGCCUUCAAGGACAUUGCCGCGCACCCGGACUUCCAGGGCCUCAACUUGAAGCUGGCCAUCUACCACGUCAAGCAUGCCAGCAGGAAGCCGUUCCUGGAGGAGACUGCCGAGGCCUUCGGCGACAGCCUGCAGACAUACACGACGGGGGCGUUCACCUUUGCGCAGGAAGCGCUGAAGCUGAUCUACGCCCAGCAAGGCGGGCAGACGCUGCUGGCUGACACCGGCGGCGCAAAGAAGGGCACGAUCAUCUUCACGGGGACGCUGGGCGCGAUGCGUACGAACUCAAAUUACGCGGCAUACGGCGCCGGACGAGCGGGGGCGCGCAUGGUGGCGCAGGCCGUGGCGAAGGAGCACAGCAAGUUUGGUGUUCAUUGCGUGCACACGAUCGCGAAUGGGCCCAUUAUUGACGAGGACAGCGAGGACACGCGUACGGGCAAGAAGAUGAGCGCUGAGGCUGUUGGGCAGACGUACUUGUGGCUGGCGAGGCAGCCGAGCACUCUGUGGGUGCACGAGCUUGACCUGCGGCCAGCUCAGGAAUCAUUUUGA